UUUACUGUUUAAUUGAAGUUCUUUUUUUAAAUAUCAUUGUCACUUCCCCCUCCCCCAUGGAACCAUCCCUUGUAACAAGCAGGUGACAAAACCAGCUCAUUGACUGUCAGUGAAUGCAGGGCCGCCCCGGUCUUCCUGCUCUCUGUGGCCACACGGUGGGGGGAGGGGACCUCUUAACUGAAGCCUGCCCCUCCUGCUUGCAGUCACCCAUUCAUUUGGUCCCAAGUUCUUGGUGUUGGUCAUUUCUUCUGGUGGAUGAACAUUGACAUUCGUUGGCUGAGGCCCAGGUGGCAGCGUCCGCUCCCCCUCUGGCCCUGGGCUCUCGUGGCAGUGCCGCUCUUUGUCUCUUUGCCCACACGGGCCCUGCACCUUUGCUCUUGGCUUCGUGUGGGCACGGCUGGCUUCUGGUGGAAUUCCAAGCUGUUUUCCAGAAUCGCCAGCCCACUUCCCAUUGACAUCCACGAUGCACUCUGUGCCUCUUUCUCCCAGCCGCGCGGCAUUCAUCCCUUUUGGUCUUGGCGUGAAGUCAAAGCUCAGCUGUUCCGAUUUGCAUUUCCCUAACUCUCUGUUGACGUGUUGUAUGGUCUCUAUGGCGGAGCCCACUGGUGGCGGGCACACUGUGGCAUCCAGCCCGGAGCAAGCGGCAAGAAGAGGAGUGAAGAUGGCGCCACAGAAGAGGGAGAGGAGACGGGCUGGGUGGGUGGAGGCGGACGUGUCACCCACCUGCCUUCUCCCCCGGCUCUUCCCUCAGCACCCGGGGCCUUCCUGGCCCUUCCCUCUGGGGAACCCCUGGCCAGGCAGCUCUGCUUCAGACCCUUUGGACUGGGCUGUGACCCUGGCGUUCUCUCUACCUAUUCACUGCUUCUUCUGCUUCUCAGCUCCUCUUUGUGCGCCAUCUUCCCCCAGUAGAAUAUAAGCUCUCUGAGGGCAGGGGCUGUCUUCUUGCUGCUUGGAUUUGUGUGCCCAGCAAGCAGUCAAUGCUAGGUGCUUCUGAGACGCUGGGUGCCUGUGUGCCUUCCUCCACUGACACCCUGAAAUACCAGGAGAGAGUGAGGAAGGUCUCUUAACACACACUGGUGGAGGCAAGGGCAAGAGGCCUGGGUGGACGCUGACAGUCACCAUCCAGGAGCACAUUGAAUGUUUUCUCACUCACUGUUAGUAACUGGCAGCCUUCUCUGCUGCCAUGAGAAGAUGAGAAACCUCUGCCACCAAAGAAAAGGCCCCAGAGUUCCCAUUACCUUGGCCGAGCAGAGAGAUGCAACAGAGGCCGAGGGGCGUUCCUUCUUGGUAGCAGCUCUGGAGGCCUCCAGCUGAGGCCAGGCUACAGUUGGGUCCAGCUGGUGGCAGGAUGCUGCCGGUGGUCCUCGUUUCAGAGAACUUGUUAGGCCCUGGACUGUGCCCACGCACAGAAUGAGCCAGAGAAGAGGCCCGAGGUUAUCGGGGCGGGGGACCCCAGGGUACGGAGCCGGAGGCCCAGAAGGGGCCGCCUAGGUGACAUUGGAUCACAGCUCGCGUUUGGACGUUGCCUCUCCAGCAUGGCCGAGGUCGAUUUUGAGAGUCGCCGGACGAACUGUGGAGUGCAGUAGCUGUGGGGGGCCCGUCUUCCUCCUCAGAUGUCCAGUUUGUAGCAGCCUUCCCAUCUGACAGCUCAGGGACGCAAGGCCUGACUGUCCUGGAGACCUGCACGGGACGAGGAUUCAGCUUGUGGCUCUCCAGCUGUUUGUCAUAGAACCGUGUCUGUGGAAGUGAUCUGGGCCUCCGUUUGUCUCUGGCUUCACUGAAUGAUCUUUACUUGGAUUUCAACAUCAGUUUCCCUGUCCGGCUUGUUUCGAGCGCCAGGAUUUCGUACGAGAAGGCUUCGCCUCUGUCCCUUUGGACUCUCUGAGGACAGAGAGAACAAUGGUGCCUGCCCAUUCCCAGGAACCCCGGGAUCAGGCCCUGGGGGGGGCACCCUCGGGAGCCCCGGGGCUUCCUUUGCCUCUGACACCUUCUGAGAGUCCUCUGUCACUGCCAAGCGCGAACUCAAGGAAGGCUGGACGGGGGACUUGUGGGCAGACCCGGCCCGACACAGACAGGAAACCCCAUGUUGUUGCAGCCGGCACCCGCCUCCGGGAGAAGGGAGAUGGUCUGGCGGUCAGCAGAGGAAUGUGGCUGCCCCGAGCGAUCCAGGCAUGCCACCCUGGCUUCACGGUCGGGGGAUCCGGCUCUUGGUGUGGGAAGGCAUCUGGGAGCCAGAGCAGCUGAGUGCUGCCAGCUGCUUGUGCUGUUGCAGAGGUCGCCCGCAUUGCCGGGCAGAGGCCGCCAGGGUUAAAAGGCACAGACAUACUCAGGCAGGGCUUUCUCUUACUCUGCUAAACUGGCAGGUGAGUAACGGGCCAGGGCUCCUUACCUGCAGCUACAAAUGGGCUGGGUUCUCCCCCAGGUCUCCUCAAGCUGGGGUUCCAGUUUUGUCCCACCCAGGUCUGCGUGUUGAUCUUUUGUUCUUGGAAUCCUGGUGAGGAGAAAAGGAGCCGUGAAGCAGUUAAGGAAGAACGUGUCUCUUCUCCAUUUUCUCCUGCGGAAGAGAAAAGGCCCCUCGGGGGACCUACUGAUUCCCGGACUCCCAGGGCUUUAGCUUUUCUUUCUUUAAAAGCAAUCUUUCUUGCGACUUUAAGCAUCAAAUAGAGUGAGCCUUUCCACCCACCCUCCUGGUGCAGCCACAGAUGCCCUGUGUGUCCUCCUUCUUUUUGGCUUCUACACUAAAUUGCACGUGGGACUUUAAGAGCUACCCGGCCUGUCUCUGCCCUCCCUUCUGGCUGGUGUGUCGUUGCUUCCUCGUUGCGGGAGGCCAGAGGGUGCUGCCUCCCCUCAGUUUAGAAAAAAGGACGUGUGGCCCUUGGGAGUGGCCGCGGUGGGCAUUGUGACGGGGGCGGAGAAGGGCUGGUGCCUCCUGUUUCUCUGAAGGUGUGACAGAGUCCCACUGGCAGGAGCCCAGGCCGUGGCCCUCGGGGCGGAGGCAGCCACUAGCCGGACCUGGGUCUGGGCUCCUUUGGCACGUUCACUGGAGUAGAAACAUGUGAUGCUUUUUAUUGGGAGGACGAAUACAGAAGCUUUUGUUACUGCAUCUUUGCAGGAAGUAGAGUUCAGUCCUCGAGCCUGGGGACUGCUGGGAAUGUGUCCAGAGAGGCCUGGUGAGAAUUCUGUGUCCUUGGUAGCCCCGGGGCCCUGCUCUGUCCUGGGGGAGGAAGCCGGAUCUCAGAGAGGGGCCAAGUGUCAAGACUUUCUCCAGAGUCUGUCUUGGUAUGCAGGGGCUCCUAGCUGCAGGAUUGGAGGGUAAGCUUCCUGGAGGCAGGGAGGGGGGAGGAGGCACCUCAUGGCCUGGGGCAGAUCACUGCCUCCCCAUCCCUUCCCUGCCCAGCUGGAGCUGCCUUCCCUGUUGCCCUGUGCGGCACAGUCUGUGUUUCAGGCAUCAGGUUGGAUUGAGCCAGACUGGCGUAUGUGUCCCCAGGGGUGUCCUAAGGACAGUGAGAUCAUCCCUGUAAAGCCCGGGCACGGCGCCUGGCACAUAGUAGGUGCUGUAGAAUCGCUCGCUGUGAUUGUUCCUCCUCCUCCCCACCCCCUUCCCCAAAUCCUUUGGUCACACUGUCCUUCAGGGGGCUUUGCAUUUCUCUACCGGAGGGGGAGAUGUUGCCCCCUUUCCCUGCUGCCCUUUGGUGAAUGGAUGUCAUGCCCAAGUACUGUGUGGGAGCUCAGGGGGGUCUCUUCCCUGGGAGAAGCUUCUCACAGAGCUUGCCUCACCGCCAGAAUGUGAAAACUGCAUCCCCAGCUCUCCCGGCUGCCACCCAAUCUCACUGGAGUACUUUGCACAAUGCGCCCUGGGUAAAUACAGCCCUGGGCCAAUGUACACAGUGUCUUUAAAAACAAUCCUUUUCCUGCUGAGAAUUCCAGGACUUUAAACCAGCCUUUUGUCACUGUUCACCUUUGCACACACCUGGGGUGGAGGAGGAGAGGAAGGAGCCCCGAUCAGCUUCCUUGCUGUCCUUGGGAUCUGGAGGCUGGAGAAGGAAUAUGCUUCGCUAUCCCGCUGUCCUGGACUGCGCCUGCGCUGGCUGAGCCCCCUCCGCUGUAGAAGCAGUGGGUGGCGGUCUCUUGCUUCGAUAACCGUAGCACCCUGUUAGCAGAUACAGCUUGGUGGGGGCCGCCAGGGGCUCUCCAAGCUGGGAUCUUGGCUGGAGUGGAGGCCAGCCUCUGCAGGCCAGCCUCGCCUCGGCUGUAUCCCUCCCGACCUCAGGUAGGGCUGGGCCAGGAUUCUCAAGGAGCUGGAGGGGCCAGCGGAAUCGAGGAUUCCCUUGGCAAGGUCGGUUUUACGAGAGUCUCACCCCAUAUUUCCCUUGCCUGCCUUCUUCACAGGGUGGGGAAUGGGAGGAGAGAGCGAAGGUCACGGGUCUUUCCUGUAAUUCUGAUAGGGUCAGCUCAUUCCCCGCACAGCCAUGAGGGUGCCCUGCCGGAGGCUGCAGUGGCUACGAAGAAUGGCUCCCUUGGCCGCUUUUUUCUUCUUUCCACGACUCUUCCACCUUCAGAUGGUGCGGCUUUGGAAGGUGGCGUGCGAAUGCCCGUAGAGUGCUCCCAUUUCACAGAUGGAACCACUGAGGCUCAGAAUGGCCUGCCCCAGAUCAGGGGGUCAUCACUCCAUGUCGGAAGCUUAUCUUGUGCGCCGAUAACAGGAAGGAGAUGGAGGACUGGAUCGCGGCCCUGAAGACUGUGCAGAACCGGGAGCACUUUGAGUCCACCCAGUACAGCAUGGACCACUUCUCGGGCAUGCACAAUUGGUACGCCUGCUCCCACGCGAGGCCCACGUACUGCAACGUGUGCCGGGAGGCGCUCUCUGGGGUCACGUCCCAUGGGCUGUCUUGUGAAGUGUGCAAGUUCAAAGCCCACAAGCGCUGCGCUGUCCGGGCAACCAACAACUGCAAGUGGACGACACUGGCUUCUAUCGGAAAGGACAUCCGAGAGGACGAGGACGGGAUCUCGAUGCCCCAUCAGUGGCUGGAAGGAAACCUCCCCGUGAGCGCCAAGUGCACGGUGUGUGAGAAGACGUGCGGCAGCGUGCUUCGGCUGCAGGACUGGCGCUGCCUCUGGUGUAAGGCCAUGGUACAUACGUCGUGCAAGGAUUCCCUACUGGCCAAGUGCCCCCUGGGCCUGUGCAAAGUGUCCGUCAUUCCCCCGACCGCCCUGAACAGCAUCGAUUCUGAUGGCUUCUGGAAAGCCACGUGUCCGCCAUCUUGUACGAGCCCAUUGCUGGUCUUUGUCAAUUCCAAAAGUGGAGACAACCAGGGAGUGAAGUUUCUUAGAAGAUUCAAACAGCUGCUGAAUCCGGCCCAGGUCUUUGACCUCAUGAAUGGAGGACCCCACCUUGGUUUACGUUUAUUCCAGAAGUUUGACACGUUUCGGAUUCUGGUGUGUGGUGGGGAUGGCAGUGUCGGAUGGGUCCUCUCUGAGAUUGACAGCCUCAAUCUUCACAAGCAGUGUCAGCUGGGAGUGUUGCCUCUUGGUACAGGAAACGACCUGGCUCGCGUGCUGGGCUGGGGCUCCGCCUGUGACGAUGACACCCAGCUCCCCCAGAUUUUGGAGAAGCUGGAGAGAGCCAGCACCAAAAUGCUGGACCGGUGGAGCAUCAUGGUGUACGAAACGAAGCUCCGUCGGCAAGCGUCGUCCUCCACGGUGACAGAAGACUUCAGUGAGGACUCGGAGGUCCAGCAGAUUCUCUUCUAUGAAGACUCAGUAGCUGCUCACUUAUCCAAAAUCUUGACUUCGGAUCAGCACUCUGUGGUCAUCUCCUCCGCCAAGGUGCUCUGUGAAACCGUGAAGGACUUUGUGGCGCGAGUGGGGAAGGCCUAUGAGAAAGCCACGGAGGGCUCCGAGGAGUCUGAAGUCAUGGCCAGGAAGUGCUCUGUGCUCAAAGAGAAGCUGGACUCUCUCCUUAAGACGCUGAAUGAGGAGUCCCAAGCCUCCUCCUCCCUGCCCAACCCCCCUCCCACCAUCGCGGAAGAGAUGGAAGAUGGCGACGGCUCUGGCGGAGUCUGUGCCUCCUCCACUGAGCGCUCCUUAGCGUCGGCCUGCCCGGUGCGGCCCCAGAUAUUCCGGCCUCGGGAGCAGCUCAUGUUGAGGGCCAACAGCCUGAAGAAAGCUAUUCGCCAGAUCAUAGAACACGCAGAAAAAGCUGUCGAUGAGCAGAAUGCCCAGACCCAGGAGCAGGAAGGCUUCAUCUUGGGGCUCUCUGCUGCCAACGAAGGCAGAGAACCCAAGGCAGAGGACAAGCCCCCUCUGCAGACAUCUCAUGGCGGCAAUGGCAGCGUUUCCCGAGGGAGGAGCCACCGUAAAGUGUCCAAAUCCCCUUGUGAAAAGCUAAUUAACAAAGGAAGUUUGUCUCUGGGCAGCUCAGCAUCGCUCCCUCCCCAGACGGGAAACCGCGACAUCUUGCCAAUGCUGAACACAAAGAUUCUGUACCCAAAUAUCCGGGCUGGGAUGUCCGGCUCCUUACCUGGGGGCUCUGUUAUCAGUCGUUUGCUAAUCAAUGCAGAUCCCUUUAACACUGAACCAGAAAACUUAGAAUGUUAUACAGAGAAAUGUGUCAUGAAUAACUAUUUUGGAAUUGGGCUUGAUGCAAAGAUCUCCCUGGAUUUCAAUAACAAGCGUGAUGAGCACCCAGAAAAAUGCAGGAGCCGUACCAAGAACAUGAUGUGGUAUGGGGUUCUGGGGACAAAGGAAUUACUGCAUCGCACCUACAGAAACUUGGAGCAGAAGGUCUUGCUGGAGUGCGACGGGCGUCCCAUCCCGCUGCCCAGCCUUCAAGGUAUUGCUGUCCUCAACAUCCCCAGCUAUGCCGGAGGCACCAACUUCUGGGGAGGUACCAAGGAAGAUGACACAUUCACAGCCCCGUCCUUUGAUGACAAGGUCUUGGAAGUGGUGGCCGUCUUUGGCAGCAUGCAGAUGGCUGUCUCCCGCGUCAUUAAUUUGCAGCACCACCGGAUUGCCCAGUGUCGGACUGUGAAAAUCGCCAUCCUGGGCGAUGAGGGCGUCCCAGUACAGGUGGAUGGAGAGGCCUGGAUCCAGCCCCCCGGCUACAUCCAAAUUGUCCACAAGAACCGGGCGCAGACUCUGACCAGGGAUCGGGCAUUUGAAAGCACCCUAAAAUCCUGGGAAGAUAAGCAGAAAUGUGAGCUCUCACGCCCGCCCUCCUUCUCCCUGCACCCCGAGAUCACGUCUGGAGAGGAGUCCACACAGAUGCACCAGUUUGGCCAGGCAGCAGGGGCCCUCAUCCACAGCAUCCGGGAAAUAGCUCAGUCGUGCCCAGACAUGGAGCAGGAGCUGGCCCACGCCGUCAAUGCCAGCUCCAAGUCACUCAACAGAGUCUAUGGGAAAUCUAAGGCCGCCGAGGGACUGAACUGCACUUUUGUCGUGGAGAUGGUAAACAACAUCCGCGCCCUCCAUAAUGAGACCGAGCUGCUGCUGACUGGGAAGAUGGCCCUGCAGCUGGAGCCACCCCACAAGGAGCAGCUCGGGGCAGCCCUGGCGGACAUGGACCUCCAGCUGAGAAGGCUGGCCGACAUUCCCUGGCUGUGGCAGCUCAUGGAGCCCAGUGACGAUGAGAAUCCCACGACGCUGGACUUCAACAAACGCGGCCGCAGCGGCAAAUUUCGCCUGGUGACCAAAUUCAAAAAGGAGAAAAGCAGCAAGAACAAAGAAAUGCGCGGCGGCGGCAGCGGCACCGGCCUCCCUGUUCACGUCUGGGGCACAGAGGAGGUCGCGGCCUGGCUUGAGCACCUCAGUCUUUGUGAGUAUAGAGAUAUCUUCAUCCGCCACGACAUCCGGGGCCCCGAGCUCCUGCAGCUCGAGCGGAGGGACCUCAAGGACCUCGGGGUGACCAAAGUGGGCCACAUGAAGAGGAUCCUCCACGGAAUCAGGGGGCUGAGCCGGAGCACUCCCACCAGCGAGGCCUAGCCAGCAUCUUCACAGCAUGCGCCUGCCCCUCCUCCCCCCACUGAAGCGUCCGCCACAGGGGCCUUCCCGGGCAGGGCAGCUAGCAGAGCUUACAUCAUGGUGCUACUCUCUUCCACGUGGGUACAGCUCAUCAGGAGGACCCUGGCCCGCCCAGUGGUUGGAGGACACUUCCAAGUGCUCCCCUCCGGCCCCCGGGCAGGUCUUAAACCACAGCAACACAGCUACCUUCCAAACAGAGGCCAGGCAUCCUCAUAGCCGCGAGAGCCUCUGCAGCGGGCAGAGCUCACGGCUGCCGGGGACGCCUGAGGUCUCAUCCCGUGUGCGAGCCCAGCUCUGCCCAGCAGAAAAGCAGCAGCCUCCCGCAGCCCCUCCCCAAGCCCGCCGCAGGGCUUCACGGCUUUGCGGCUGUUCCUGUGACCCCUCCCCAGAGGAUCCAGCGUGAUUGUCCCCGCUUUACCCGUGUUGCAGCCAGGAGGAGAAGAUGGGCUCUCCGUCUCUGUCCCGGGGCCUCUCAGAAACCAUCCUCACUGCUCCUCCCCCUGCCAGCAGAGCCCCCCGACCUUCGCAAGCUCUCCAGCCCAGAAAUCCUUCUCCAGCCAAGCGUGUUUGUAGAGAGUCAGGAGAACACGGUUGCCCUCCGUUCCCGUGGGAUCGGAAUGAAUGCACCUCAUGUCAACGAGGGAAACGCCCCGCCCCGCCUCUAGCAGGCUUGCUUGGCAGCGCCGACCCCCUCGAGAAGGAGGCGCGGGGCCCUCUCGUAAGCUGAAGGCGCUAUGCUCUUUCUCUCUCGACCAUUUUAAUGGGCACAGAAACCAGAAGAGGAGCGUGUGCCUGGCCACCUGUUCGUUCGCCCCAUCACUGUGGUUCCUUGCCUCCGUCAUCUUUCAGGAGAUCUCACUCUCAGGAGGGUCACAAAUCAGUUCUAUUCCAGCGAUAUUUAUUAAGUGGCAGCCGUGUGCCAUGCAGGGGGUGUCGUGUGGGGGGCUGGGGGCCCAAAGACCAAACUGUCCCCGUCCUCACGGAGCCGACGAGGUCGACGGGAGCAGAGGCUGGAGAGAUCACAUCCACACUCGCCUCUUCACUGAAUCCCGCCUUACCUGAUCAUCACAAAUCAGUAACGAACAGUGCCGUGACUGCUGUUGAGAAAAUUAAGGAGCAGAAGUGACCAGAAGCCACAGCGAGUGAGGAGAGUUGAGCUGCGUGUGGGGUGGUCGGGCAUCGGGAUCUCGUGUUUCUAGGAUAUCCGAUUCCAUCGAACUUGAAGCAUUUUGGGGUCCUGGACCCCUCCAGGAAGCAUCUGGGGACACCUGUGCACCCCGUCUCAGAAGCCUGGCUCUGAGUGCAAACAGCAGGAAACAAAGGAUUUCAGAGGAGCCAACUAUAUGGAUAGACAGUCACCAAAAUAUUUCAUAACUUUGACAGGCCACAGGUUAGGCACCCCUGGUAGACACCCAACCCCUCAUUUUACAGAGAAGGAAACUGAGGCCAUACUGCCCUAGGCUGGUGAGUGGGCUUGGUACCUCACGAUCCUAAAGCCUGCCCAUGGAAUGGAAGGCAGGCCCACCAGCCCUGGCCCCCUGAGGGCAGAGUCCGUCCCUCCUGCCCAGGUUCUGUCUUCACACACCAGUCCAGCGCUUCCCUGGAAAUGUUUCACUCCUCCCCAGGUCUGGAGUGCAGAGGGAGUGCUCUGGCAUCUGUUGCCAUUCAGCGGGGGCAUUUGCCUCCGAAAGGGCUGUCAUCAUUGGAUUAGAAUCCUGUGCUGGGCUUUCCCAAGCACCACCUCCCCUCCCCAAACACCCACCCACGCAGACACACAGAGCCACACGCAUACCGUCACACUCACACACACACACACACACACACACACACACACACACACACACGGCCUUCUGGAUAGACUGCCACAAAGCAUGACUGACGUGGGCAGCAGGGAUGAGUAGUGGCAGAAUCCCAGACCCCAGCCUCCUGAUCCAGCUCAGCAUCUUGAGCCCAGAAUUCUCAGUCCUCUGCUGGUCCAGACCUACAGUAUCUAAAAUUAGACCAAGUUACCAACAUAAAAGUUUUGGAAAAUGUCUGAUUUCGUUCAGUAAUGUCUAAUAUUUUGCAGAGAUUCCAAUGUGGUACCAGGCACGCUGUGCUGCCCAUGGGUGACAUUGCAGCUCUGCUCCCACCUCAGACGGGAGAGUGGUUCUACCCUCUUUGCCAGAGCAUUCGUCGCAGGUGCCCCGACCACUAGGCUUUCCUAUAAUGGUCACCUCCUGGAAAGGAGUGGGGCAGUGAUGCUGGCGCUGCCUGCCUACUAGAAUGACCUGAAGAAAGUUCUUUAAAUGGGAACUUUUCUCUAUUGAUACUGAAAGCAGAAUUGAAUUUAACAGAGAAGUUUUUUUAGCCUGCUGUGGCUAAUUAAGGUAAAACUUGGAAACCCACCCAAAAGAGGCACCAUGGCUUUGGAGUAGACAGUGUGCCUAGAACCCAGGAGGACCCGGGUCUGAAUGCUACCGCAGAAGCUUGCCCAUUCUGCAAUUCUGGGUGAGCCACUUGGGUUCUCUGUGCCUCAGUUUCCUCACCGGGGUGUCUAAGGUCCUGGUCCUAUGACACAUAAGCCGUCUGCUCAGGAGUCCUAAGUAAACAGACAUCCUUCUUUACCUUUCAGCGUCCAAAGCAGUGGUUGGCUGGGGCACAGUCGUGGCCUCAUUAUACCCUGCCGGACAUCAUCAUGCCAUUUCUUUAGUGAGCUGAGAUGUGGCAGAAGGAGGCAGCGGAAGCAGAGACGGGCCCUUUCUUAGCAGUCCCGGUCAGCAUCAGGGGGCUCUUGACCAGCAGGCGGGUGUGCCAACUGUCUAGUCCGUGGCUUGGCCGGCUCCCUUGGUUCUCUCCCCUUGCGUAGCCUACAUUGUGGUCACUUUGCACAUGGGCGUCUCCAGGUCGGCUUGACCACCCUUGUGGGACCACACAGGAAAUUUAAAAAUAAAAACUAAAACAAAAUGAGAUUUUCCAGUUCUGAGCAGAUCUCAAUUUUCUGCUGUUGACAUUUCCCAAUAGAGACGGAAUCGGAUGUCUUCAUUACGGCUUCGUUCCUCCCAUCAGUGAUGGGGAAUGUUGGCAACAAAGGACUUCCUUCCAGGUCCAGAUGAGCCCCAGGACCGUGACUAGACCCAAGCUUAGCUGAGUCCAGUCGGGGAGUUCGCCUGCCACGAGAAGGAACAGUGUAUGGGAGGCCUGCAUUUGGCGGAUUAUUAGGAAAUGGUUCUUCCUGGGAGGCAGAAGCCUGCUUGGCCAUCCCAUUGCUCCUGGCUCUGCCUUCUGGAGCCCGGCGGAGCAGAUCUGAUCCCCUUUGUUCUAGUUACUGGCAACUCCUCUCGAGUCUCCUCUUCCAGGCACGCUGCAGCUCAGCCGACACAUUCCUGUUAACUGUCCCUUCCAGCUUUGUGUUGUCUGUGGACCUGAUCCUUGGCAUGCCUUGGCUGCCUUCAUCCCACAUGCUCAUCAUCCCCGGGUAGGGCCCUUUGGCCCUUCUUGAAAGCCAGACCGUUCCCGCAGCUUUUCUGCAGUCCUCAUCUUUCCAUCUUGGCCCAAGUGUGAGGUCGGAUGUGGGGUCUUUGGGGCUUCCUUAAUCUACCCCCAGUCUCUUGUCCCUGCCCAAAACCGGGCCUUUGUUGGCCAGGCCUAGCUUGUUCUCUGGCUCUUCAAAACACUCAGUAUUUCAGGCGUCUUUUUUUUUUUAAUCAUUGAUCCAUUUUGUUUGGACAUCCCGUUCAUUUCUGGAUGUCCCCAACUGCUGCCCAGCACACUUUCUCUUACAACAGACGUUUACAGAAACGGUUUAUUCAGCAUUCCGUGCCCACGGCUCCCCACAUUCUCAUCUUCUCCGUGGCCGAGCUUGGCCAUUAGAAUUAUGAAGCAGUUCCGCAAAAUUAGCCAACCCGUCGACUGAGUCCGGUAGUGUUUGCUGUGUCCCAUCGAGGGACCUGCAUGUUCCCAUCUCUUCCCUUGAGCCAGACUCGGUCAUUAGAAUUACCUUGAGUUUCAUUUCAGUUUUUUGUUAUUUCAAUUCACAUUAUUGUUGUGUCUCUGCUUGGGUCCACUCACCUCACUCUGAAUCCGUUCAUCUAAAUCUUCCCAGGCUUCUCUGAAUUCUCCAUAGUCGUCAUUUCCUGCGGAGCACUGAUGUUCCACCAUGUUGAUGUGCUAGAGUUUGCUGAGCCUUUCCACAGUGGAUGGACACCUCUCUGCCCUGACACCCUCCCUCCUGUCUCUGGACCCCAUUCUGGCUCUCACUCAUCGCCUUGUCUGGAGGGUCCCGUUGAGGAAUUGAGCGUGGUCAGUGUGGGCCAUCCCUUUGCUUAUGCAGAUCGCAGCCCCUCGGGGCAGCUCCACCUGAGAUGCUGAAUCUCGAGGGCUUCCUCCUCUGGGUGCUGACCUGUCACUCUGCGCUUCGAGGUGACGGCAGACUUGCUUACCUAGGAUAAUGCAGUCUACUUCUUCCUUCCCUUCCUGAAAAUCUGGACAUUUGACAUCCUCUGCCAAUUCCCCUUCUCUUUUUCCCACUAUCCCUGAUCAAGAGCCGUGCUCUUUUAGGAUUUGGGGGCCUAGCUCCGGGCUUCCUCAGGAGUGCAGCUACCCCUGAGCUACACAGAUUCUGUCCUGGCUCCGUCGCCUAGGUUGUAGAUGGCAGAGAUGGGGGUACAGCAGAGAGAGCAGGCCCUCGGCGGGGACCCAGAGAAGACCUGGCGAGGUUUCCCGGGGAUGGAGGAGGAAGGCAGCCCAGGAGGCCCAUGUGCAGGAGAACCCGUUGAAUGACUGUCACAGACGGACGAUGAUGGAAGGGAAAGAUCAGGAUUGGGAUAGGAAUGGGGGGCAAGGGAUUCAGGAUCUGGUCACAGGCCCACUGGGAGGCUUUGGUUCCUUAUCUCUGAACUGGGGGUCAGGUGGUAGGAGCCGCAGGGUCUAGGCCCAUGGCAGAUGAACAUUGGUGGAGAAUGGCUGACCAUCAUCCUCCAUCUCGGGCAGAAAAGUGCGGCCCUGCCCUCCCCACCAGUGUUCCAGCCUGUAGAGCAAGCGUAGGACGACGUGGCCACGAGACUCAGCCAGAGGGGCUUCAGGGAGGAGAGUUUCUUAAGUUUCGAAGGGAUUGGGUCAGGAAGGAGCCCAUGGAGUCUCUUCCCAAGAAAACCAGAAUUAGGGUGAAAGAAGUGUCCGUGGGUCACUAAGGUUCUAAAGUUUGCAGAUCACUGCCCACGUCCCCAUGAGGUCAGGCUUGGUAGAAACGCCCCCAUUUUACAGAUAAGAAAACAAGCUAAGAGGGCUUAGGUGACUUUCCUAGGGUAACACAACCAGGGCAUGCUGGAGCCUGCACAGACACAGAGGUUGUCAGAGACCUUCGAAAGGAGAGGUGGGCUCUUCCAGCAAAAGCUGGGGGGGGGGCGUAUUCUAGAAGGGACCCGUAAGUGGGUGCCAGUCGGACCAGCUGCCCUCCGAGGUUCUGAUAGUUGGCGCGGAGGCUCCUCUGUGCCCGCCAACCACAUUGACUGGGCGGGGGGGGGGCCUCCAGCACCCGCCAUCUGAGGACUGUCUGGGACGUGCUGCGGCUCCCCUAUAUGAGGCCUCGUCAUCUGACCACCUCAGAUCCAAUGAGCUAACCCUAAGGUCAUCGUGCAGAUACAGAAAUAGGCCCAGGGCAGUGCUGCCCAGCGGCCCCGGCCACAUGGGGUCCAGACAGGCAGGAUGCGCAGAGGGGGCCCCCUCUUCCCUCCUAGAUCUUCCCAAGCUCCCCAAAUUUGAGAAUUCCUACGGAUGGGAUACAGACAGGAGGCUGCAGGCUCCAACAGCAAGGACGCCCCCUUCCACGCACACCCCUUUUCGCUCCAUCACUAGUGAAUUUCCCAGCCUGCCUCGAAGCUACCCUGGCCAGGAGCCUCCCCCGCCACCCUGCGCCAAGGACAAGCCUUUGCUCUCUGUUGUUGGUGAAAGUAUUAUUUUAAAAUGUGUAUUAUCCGUGGUAAAAAAAAAAAACAAAAACAAAGAUUGUUUACGUAAAGUUGUGUGGUUUUCUUUUUUAAACAAGUGUGUGUACUGUAAACAGACUGUCUCCCGAAGAAGUCAGCAGCAGCCCACGGGCUGAUGCUGUUCAGGACGUUGUCAUGUCACUGUUCUUGCACAUGGGUGACGACGGACUCUGUCGCCCCGGUCCUGAGGAGCAGGGAGGCUGGCCGUGGCUGUUCCUCUGGAGUCCCCGCUGCAGUGCGCGGGGGUCCUGCCCGAGGGACGGAGGUAACGCGGGGUCCUGGUCUUAGAGCCGAGGUUUCGUGCCUUAGGAUGGGACCCUCCUCCUCAUAUUUAUUAUCUUAAUUUAUAUAGUGAUUACCAUGGAAACAAAUGCCUCUUGUAUUUUAAUGUACAUAGUUCACAUCUGGUUGUUGUAAAUAAGUUGGUCUUGUAUAUAAAGGAAGCUUGUUUUCCACCCUCCA